AUGGAGUUCUGCGUGAAACUUGCUGCAGAAGGAAUUUUGGAGGAGGUUAUCAAGGAUCAAGGCAAGAAUGUUGUGAUGUCCCCGACCUCGAUGAACCUUUUGCUAAACAUGGCGGCUUUGGGUUCUUCAGGGGAUACUUUGAAGCAGUUUCAUGGAUGUCUUGCAGAGAAUGUAAUUAAUGAAGUGAACUCAUGGGCGGAGAAGAGCACGAAAGGCCUCAUCAAGGACUUUUUGCCACCCUCAAUACAAUUGAAACCACCACUCUUACUUGCAAAUGCUCUCUACUUCAAAGCAACCUGCAAGGAUCAAUUCAAAGCCUCAUUGACUCGGGAUUUCCACCUUCUGGCUGGGAAAACUAUUAAAGUACCUUUCAUGACUCAAGUAGAGCAGAAGCAGCGUUAUGGAUCAUUCAAGGAUUUCCAGGUUGUCAGACUCUACUAUGAUACAGGUGGGUGUUACCAUUACGAUAACGACCACCCAAGUUUCUGUAUGGAUAUCAUUCUUCCUGACAGAAGAAACGGACUCCAAGAUCUGCUACAAAAGUUCAAUUCUGAUACAGAACUUCUCAUGGAGAAAUUGGGAUUGACUUUGCCUUUCAAUUACAAGCUUGCUGAUUUCACAGAGACGAUCCAUUCUCCGCUUGGCAAACAGCUUUUUAUUGACAAAAUGUUUCAGAAAUCAUGUAUUGAAGUUGAUGAGGAAGGUACAGAAGGAGCUUCAGUUUCUGGUGGACUUGGGUUUGGGGGAAGAUCAAUGUAUUGUCAAGCUCCUGAGGUGGAGUUUGUUGCUGACCAUCCUUUCAUGUUCAUUAUCAGAGAAGAAGUUUCUGGGGCUGUGAUUUUCACUGGCGCUGUUCUUAAUCCCCUCUCUGCAUAA